UCAAUGUCACCACAGAAUGAUGUCGCUAAUGGCGUGGUAGCAGCCGCGUUAGGUGGUCAAUAGUUAUAUCUGUACUAAAAAAAAAAAAAAAGAAAAAGCUCGCCGACCUCAGAGCCACAAUGUUCUUGGAAUUGAACACGUUCCUCGACUUCGACAACAAGGCGUUGCCGAGGCGAUUCGUCGUCAUCUCGAGCGACGACACGGUGGAGCACACGUUCGUGCUCAACCACAUGCUUAUGCUGUACCUGAAGACCGGCCGCAGGGUGUUCCAGCUGAAUUUCGUCCACGACGACGCGUUCUUCGCCAGCGUGUGUCAGAAGUUGGGCAUCAACCUGAAGACGUACGCCGCCAGGAAUGCCUUCCGCAGCUUCAGCUGUCUCAAGCUCCUGAAGGAACUCGUCAAAGGUUCCUUCUCGGACAGCUCGCAUCCGUUCGCCUUCCUCACUGCGCCGGCAUCCCAGCACGGCGACGACAGACUGUCCGUUCUGCGGUCCCGGAUAUUGGAAGAGCUGCGCAGCUUCGUGGUCUGUGACGAGGUGGCGACGACAGGAGGCGAAGUGCUCGUCUUGGUGGACGACGCCUCGAGCUUGCUGAACUUUGGCCUCGGUUGCCGCGAGAUUUCGGGUUUGGUUCACUCGCUCAGGCUGGAACCUCUUGUUCGAGAACGCGGCACGGUUGUCGCGGGCAUGAAGUCCUGCGCCCGCGAGGACGACGCCGACUGUCACCGGCUCUGCACUUACCUCUCUCACCUGGCCGAUGCCACGAUCGACGUGCGGGGUCUCUCCACGGGACACAGCAGAGACAUCACGGGACAGAUUUCGGUGACAAGAACAAGCUACACACAGCUGCCAACAACCAAGCAGAUGCACUUCAGAAUCGAAGAUCGAGGUGUCAAGCUGUUUCCCGUUGGCCUCAACAGGUUGCCAUUGCACAUCUAGAAAUAACUGCUCACACAGCCAGACACGUGGGACCAACAAUAUUUAUUGAUAAUAUUACUGCAGAAUAAAUACAUAAAAUGUAGUAACAAAAUGGAACUACUCUGCACUGCAGGAGCUAAAUAAAUGAAAAUGCACACAAACACACGACAGAAAUCGUGCCAUAAAGCACAAGCUGGAAUGUUGCUUGGUGCAGGCAGGUACAAAACAUAUUACAACUAAGACUGGGACAACAACAGCUACAGUAAUCUGUUUAAAAAAUCUUACCAAGCAUACAACUUAACAAUGUUAACAUUCAGAGUAUCGUAAAACACAGGUUUCACAAAACGAACACUUCGUAAGCCCAGGAAUGGCAAAAAAGAAUAGCAUGGAAUCCACCAAAGCAGUCCCGGUCAUUGAGAAAAGUACACACAUUGGUGCAACCGACAGCUGCCAUUUAUUGCAAGAUCUACAUAUUAGACAUAUGGCAUUCAUCACAUGUUCUGUGUGCCUUUCAAAUUGCAGCACACCAAUUCGCAUUACAAUAAAUAACAACAGUUAG